AUAAAUUUCGUCGCUCAAGUGGAGUGAUGUAUUAAAGAGAUUUUCGAAAAAUAAAAUAAAGUGAAAGUGGUUGUAACUUUUCGAAAUAGAUAAAAUCAAAUAAUAUUAAAAAAAAAAACCUUUGUACCAUGUAAAGAUAAAGCUUUGGAUUGGAAAUUAAAAUAAAGUACAACCGUGUUGAAUUAUAAUUUAGGAAUUAGGAUUACGAAUUAGGAAGCAAUGGAUAGAGCAUAGAGGGAGCUUAAAAACAGAGUGCAACUUCCAGGUUCAGCAGACAUAUUUCAUGAUUGAUUGAUCAAUGUUAUAGAAAAGCUAACUAAGCCACAUAAUGUUUGUCCAACUAUGAAUCCGAUCAAAACAAAAGCUGAUCAUGUUCUCAAUGAUCCCGAAAUAUUUUCAAGCUGUUUUAUUGAAAGUCCUUAGCGGAGUAGCGUGGCUACAAUUAUUGCCGUUUUCUAGGGGUAGUUUCGGUUUUAGUUGUUUUCUGCUUUAUCUUUAGUGUUUUGUUGUUUGCUUGUUUUGGGCUUUGCCCCUCUCCUUCGCCAAAAAAAUAAAUAAAUAAAAUAAAAUAAAAUAAAAAAUAAUAAUUAAAAGAAUAAAUAAAUAAAAAAAAUACUAAAGCAUAUGAAAGUACCAACGCGAAUUACCCGAAAGAGCAUCAGAUAAAUUGCGUAGGAGAAGUGGAAGUAUAUUUUAAAAACCCAGAAAAUCACAACUCUAAUUAUAACGGUCAAACUCACCUCCCCACUUUGAGUUUGUCAGUUUCACAGAAUUCCAUGACAAUUCCUUCACAUGGGCGCGCCACUUUUUCUACCCAGGCCAAUGCUCUUCUCCGGAAAAACUUAAUCUUUCAGAGACGCAAUAAACGUUCGAAUUGUUGUCUCAUAAUAUUCCCGGUUUUACUUUGUAUUCUUCUUUCUCUGUUGCAACGAGUGAUAGACAAUGAAUUAAGCAAAGAAAAAUUCAAAUGUGGUUGUGCUCAAGUUAAUGGUAAAACCGAAUGUGGGAUUCAAUAUUCGACAUUGGAUCAAGCUUCCAGCUGUCCUAUUCCUAACCCCCAAAAAUGGCCUGCAUUGCUUCAAGUUCCAGAUCCUCAAAGUCGUGCUGUGAGAACUAAUGGUUUUACAUUUCCAGACUUGCCAAGUAUAUCAUGUAGACUGACAGGUACUUGUCCUGUUACUGUACUCGUGACUGGGAAUAAUCAAACAUUGGGGCAAGGCUUGGCCAGCAACCUGUUUCUGACAUCCCCUGUGAAUACCUCCAACCUUUUACUUAGUUUGGCCAACAAUGUCUUGGGAUCAGCUUCGAAGCCUGGAACUCAGAAUUUUCUUGAUCCUGCUUACACCUCAGGCCUUCCGCUGUACUUUGUUCAACCACUCUGCCUUUUGAGCUUGUCAUUUUCAUUGCCUGUAGAUAUUAUAUCGUCAACUUUACAGCAAGAUGUAGAAUGUGCUCCAGGUCUUCCUCUAUGGCGCAAUAGUUCUUCUGAUAUAAAUCAUGAGCUGUACAAGGGUUACCGUAAAGGUAACCCAGAAAGGAAGAUAAAUGAAUUUGUCGCUGCAUAUGAUAUCCUCAACUCAGACAUGAACAACUUUAAUGUGAACAUAUGGUAUAAUACAACAUACAAGAAUGACACUGGGUUUUCUAGAAUUGCAUUGCUACGUGUACUACGCUCAAUAAAUAUGGUGUCUAAUGCCUAUCUACAGAGUCUGUUCGGUGCUAGUACAAAAAUUCUUCUUGAGUAUGUUAAAGAAAUGCCAAAGCCUGGAACCCGACUAAGAAUUGAUAUUUCAUCUCUUCUCAGUGCUCAGUUUUUCACAUAUGUCAUUAUAGCAUUAUUUCCGGUUGUAUUGACUGCUCUGGUUUAUGAAAAACAACAGCGAUUGCGUAUCAUGAUGAAAAUGCAUGGGCUUGGUGAUGGCCCAUAUUGGACAAUUUCCUAUGCUUACUUUCUAGCUUUAUCUGUAAUCUACAUGACAUGUUUUGUGAUAUUUGGAUCCCUUAUUGGACUAAAAAUCUUCACAACAAAUGACUACAGCAUCCAAUUUGUAUUCUAUUUUAUCUAUAUAAACUUGCAGAUUUCAAUGGCAUUUCUUGUGGCCCCUUUGUUCUCGAAUGUUUUAACUGCUAGAGCUGUUGGGUACUUACUGACGUUUGGCACUGGGCUGUUAGGAGGAUUUCUAUUUCAAAAUUUUAUUCAAGAUACUUCAUUUCCAAGGGAAUGGAUUAUUGUUAUGGAGCUAUACCCUGGAUUCUCUCUAUUUCGAGGUUUAUAUGAGCUUGGACAAUAUUCUUUUCUUGGGGAUUAUAUGGGAACCCAUGGUAUGCGGUGGGGAAAUUUGGGUGACAGCAUGAACGGGAUGAAAGAAGUUAUGAUCAUCAUGUUUAUUGAGUGGCUGGUCGUACUCCCUAUUGCAUUCUAUGUUGAUCAAGUUGUAUCAUCUGGAAGUGGUGUGAAGAGAACUCCUCUAUUUUUCUUCUGCAGCUUGUUGAGAAAGUCCAACUCUGUUUCACAGAAGCAUAGUUUACAAAAGCAAGGAUCAAAAGUCUUUGUUGAGAUGGAGAAAGCUGAUGUUGUGCAAGAGAGGGAGAGGGUGGAGCAAUUGUUGUCAGAAGAAAGUUCUAACAUUUCCAUAAUUUGCAACAACCUGAGAAAGAUCUAUCCUGAAAGGGAUGGAAAUCCUCCAAAGCUCGCAGUCAAAGGAAUGUCUCUUGCUGUGCCACGUGGUGAAUGCUUUGGGAUGCUUGGCCCAAAUGGAGCUGGGAAAACCUCCUUCAUCAGCAUGAUGAUUGGACUCACAAAGCCGACAUCUGGUGCAGCAUAUGUUGAGGGUUCAGACAUUCGUUAUCAAAUGAAUGAAAUAUAUACCAGCAUGGGUGUUUGCCCCCAGCAUGACUUACUCUGGGAGACAUUAACUGGAAGAGAGCACCUGAUAUUUUAUGGCCGCCUUAAGAACCUGAAAGGUUCUGCCUUAAUGCAGGCAGUUGAAGAAUCUUUAAAAAGUGUCAACUUAUAUCAUGGCGGUGUUGCUGACAAGUUCGCGGGAAAAUAUAGUGGAGGAAUGAAAAGGAGGCUUAGUGUUGCUAUUUCCUUGAUCGGUGACCCUAAGGUUGUUUACAUGGAUGAACCAAGUACUGGAUUAGACCCUGCUUCAAGAAAUAAUCUGUGGAAUGUUGUGAAGCAAGCAAAACAAGAUAGAGCAAUUAUUCUUACAACACAUUCUAUGGAAGAGGCAGAAGUUCUGUGUGAUCGGAUUGGCAUUUUUGUUGAUGGCAGCUUGCAAUGUAUUGGGGGCCCUAAGCAGCUGAAAGGAAGAUAUGGAGGGUCCUUUGUGUUCACCAUGACAACCUCUGCAGAGCAUGAUGCAGAAGUGGAAACAAUGGUGAGAGGCCUCUCUCAAAAUGCUCAAAAGAUAUACCACAUAUCAGGAACCCAGAAGUUUGAGAUCCCCAAACAUGAAAUUCGGAUUUCUGAUGUUUUCAAGGCAGUUGAGAACCUGAAGAAGAGAUUCACAGUCCAAGCAUGGGGUCUUGCAGACACCACUUUGGAGGAUGUAUUCAUCAAGGUUGCCCUUGAGGCUCAAUCUUCCGAUAUCCUCUCAUGAUCAUAUAGUGCAUUCAUCAAGUGGUUUUUAUGUUGCAUAUAUAGUUUCACAAUUAACAUACUGAAGAAGAGAUUCACAGUGUAGGCUUCCUUUGACACCAAUUUAAAGGAUGGUUGUCCAUGAUUCUCAAUUUUCCAAUCUCUUAUGAUUAUAGAAUAGUUUCACAAUUAGUUUUACGUACCAAAUUACCAAUAAUUAGAUACAUAUAUACAAAUAUAUAGACUACAAAUUUAUGUAAUGCAACUGUGUAUUAUUUAAAUUAUUACAUUCAUAUAUAAGAGCCUGUACAGCAAGAACAAUUUUGACA